CUUUUACUCUGGGUCAGAGCCUGCGCUUUCCUUGAUUUUCCUUGGAAGAGACACCGUUGUUCAAGAUUGACAGCACAUACGAACAAGCAGGGCAUUGGGAAAGGUUGUCCUGAUUGAAUAUACGGACGGUCGUUCCUCGCCUGCAUCCAUACACCUGACAGCAGAGAAACUUCUCACAACGGUCAUGGCGCAUUCGAUCAUCUUCCCACGACGGUCAUUCUUCUACGCAAUUGGCAACACCAGCGCAGAGGUGCUCACUGAUAGCUUACCUCCCGAAGAGCACCUCGAUCUACUCUCGCUUGGGUGCGGCGACCCAAGAAACAUUUUGUAUACUGUUUACUCAGAUGCUACUGCCGAUUCAAGGGCAUACGACAUAACGUGUUGCGACGUUGAGCCAGCUAUUCUUGCACGCAAUGUAUUACUUUUCACGCUCCUUGCCGAUACCGACCAGGGUAGCGAUACGACAAUUUGGGAAAUCUUCUACCAUCUCCGCAUCUCGGGACCCUCGCUCGCUCUCCUCCAGCGCCACUGCUUCAAGCUCCUCGCUGUCUCCGAAAACCUGGACCAGUGGUCGGGCAGCUCCUAUGCGAAAUUCAUCAAACCGCGGACGGAGCAUACACUUCGCGAUAUGCGGCGCUUUUGGUUCAAAUACGUGACAACUACGUUCUUCAUUCCCGCGCUCAAGCAGCAUAUGCGCGAGACAUUGGAGAAAGGCAUUCAGGAAGUAACGGAUGGCUGCGACAACAUGGCCGACGUGCAGACCGCGAGCCUUUCCGCGGGCCUGUUUUGGGAGCAGAUGUUCAAGAGCGGCCUAGCGGGAAAGCACUACGCCCACUACUGGAAGCACGGGGUGGUUGGCGGGUCACCCACUGCAACGGCCACCGAGGUCAAUCCGACCUUUAUGUACACCGAAUUCGGGACGGGCUUCACCUUACACUAUGGCUCGGACCCUAUCCUUGGCUUCCACCUUGCAGGCCUCUUCGCACCUAUCGAAGGGCGUCCGGCGCGCCCCGACAUUGCGGAAAUCGGUGCCUACGUGCAGCGCGAGUUCGGCGACUGGUGCGCGGCCUUCCGUACUCGCCUCGCCUCCGCGGUCAAGUUUGUCAUCCGUCCCUACGUUGGCGACGCUUUGUCCUUCUGCCGCGCGUUGGUUGGAGAAGCAGGACAGACGAUCUCGCUUUUCGAUGGACGUCCCAUCGUGCUGGAUAAUAUCGGCGACGAUGCACUCCCUCGGACAUUCAACGUCAUCGAGACGUCGAACAUAGCGGACCAUAUCGGCCUCUUCAACGUCCUCACGGUGUCCGUCCCUCUGCUGCGCCAAUCGCCAUGGUCCGUCUUGCACACGAAUACUCUGUUGCCGCGCACCGACAAGACCACCAAUGGUUUUCUGGAGCGUGUGGGCAUCGACCUGACUCCGCUUUCCUUGCUCCUUGGUCUCGCCCCUCAGCCCCUAUUGUCGCGUUUCUCCUCGAAACCCCCAUCCAAGCUCACCGGACCCCCGUCCGAUGUCGCCGGUUCACGGUUCCGUCAACCUAUCGCCUGGAAGUAUCCAAUGAGCGGGGAUCAAGCUGUUCUUCAGGAUGGGUCACCUAUCUGGAACUCUGUUGCCCUCGACCCGGAGCGCUUCUCCGAUAUCCUGUUCUCGCUCUAUCUUCACAUGUUCGCCAACGAGAGCCUGGAGAAGAUGAGGGAGAGACGCUCGAUUGAAGGCAGUGACGAUUCUAGUAUCGUUCUCGACGUCCGCGCCAGCUUCACCGCCUUUCUGAAGUUGCUGAAGCGGAGGAUACAAACCGACUGGCUGCGCGCGAUGAAGCUGCUGUUUGACCGAAUCUAUGCUGAUCGCUCGCUCAUGCUGGGCAGCAAUCACUUUCAGGACCUCUUCACGCAGGCGCACAUCAGCGGGCUAUACUCCUUCGGGUAUCUCGCGCCGAUCUUCGACAUGCCACCUUCUUCUAGCAAUGCCCUCUUCGCCAAUUGGCGCGAUACGCCACUGGUCGUAUACCUUGUCAUGCGCGUGCCUCGCUCGGCCUUCCAGCCGCUCAUGGACUUGCCCGUCAGCACUGUCAGUACGCCCAUGCUGCAGUGCGAGCUCGUCGCGCGCUUCCAGUUUCACAGCAUCUUUUCAAGCAUGCAGCUCACGUUCGGCGACGUCGCGCUGGAGGGGCAGGGAGAGAAUGCGAUGGCUGUCAUCUCAAGGGAUGAGGAAGGGUGGCAAGGCGAGGCGCCGGUGGUCGUGUCGCUUGCUGUGCCGUCGCGGCUUCUGCAACUCGAUCCUCAAAAUACGAUGUUUAGGCUGGCGCUUCGCGGGACACCGCAUGCUGCGUCCAACUUGACCUCCACGCUUGGCAUCGAACUCGUUCUUCACUCGGCGAGCCUUAUGGACGAAGGAGUCUACAUCGUCAAGAACCCGGCCCAUGUUCACGGCUUCGGCGGGGUGCAGAAUGUAGAGGGACCCGUCUCAAACGCAUCACACAACGACGCUCCCAUCACCGGAGCGUCACCUGUGGCUGCGAGCGGGUCGCCACAUACUAGGAAGGAUGCAGCAACUAUGCUUUUCAACGAAGGCACCACAACCCCCUCCCACCUUAGCGUUCGGGUCGACUUCCUCAGCGACUCUGCUCGCGAGGCGCUCGCGCCGAAAACCGCCGCCGUCGCCGCGAGGCAGAACUCGCCUUGCACCGUCCAAUUGCUCAUUGGAGAUGGUCAGUUCAGUGAUAUAGUUGCGUAUCCUUUCCCGGUCGACGCUCGUGACGCGAAGGUUAGAGUGGCACGGAAGUCGGGGUAUACGGAGGUCAUUGUCCGCAUCGUGAGCGCAGACCCUGCGGUAACUAGCGGAGGCUACACCUCGAACCGAAUGCCUGUCGUUGUCGCAGGCGGGAAGCCCUUCGCAUGGAACCUCCACUAUGUCAACCUCGCAACCUGUCCGGCCAUGACAUCGUCCCAACCAAUCAGUUUGAUCUACAAGUGGCUGCAGCCGCCGCUCAUGUACACGUUCUCUGACAGAGAACUUGCCAUGCGUCAAGUAGCCGACCACAGCAACACCUUCGUGCAGGUCAAGGGUCACAUCGUCGAAAUGAUGCUCAAUGUUUGCACCUCGAACGAUCGGGUCUUCGGCCUAGGUUUCAACCGCCCCGACGGUACCCAUACCAUCGUAUUCGUCAACGACGUUCGCUUUGACCUGGCCUCGCAGGGCAUGCUGUUGGACGUUUGCGUCUUACCCAUGCCGAGCCACGAGAUGGGUGUGAAGGUCAAGGACUUUCUUCUGGAUAUAUCGCUCUCGGGAAACAUCUGUUCUAUAGCCACGGACGACGAGGAGCGCGUGUCUUGGAAGAAGAUGCUUCCCGCCUUUGUCGAGAGGUGCAGGACUUGGGCGCAUCGACCCGACUGUCAAUACCUAGAAAGAGGCGCACCGCUCGCCACCGGGCAUUUCGACAACCCCAUCUGCGCAUGCGGAAAAGGUAAAGACAUACCGACCAACGACGUCUUGCGCCGUUGCCCACCGUUAGCGCGUCUGGUGACGCGAGCAGCCAUCGGACUCGCGUUCCCCGUGCCCUACCUGGAGGAUAUCGGUGCCAAGGGCAGUGCAUCCACGAAGACGAUGGAGCAAUUGGUCAACGAGGAUCGUUGCUGGGCGUGCAUGAAGGGCGGAGUGCAGCUGAUGGCCUGCUCGAGGUGCAAGAAAAUCAAGUACUGCUCGAGGGCGUGCCAGGCGAAGGACUGGAAUGCACAUAAAGAAAUAUGCGCCGUUAUCGGGGCAGGGAUGUACUUUGGACUGUGAAAAUAGUGUGGCGUUUCGAGGGUGGCAGUGCGCGUUAGAUACACAGUUUCUGUUUGCAGCUACAAAACCAAGCGACGAGAUGAGCGCACGGUAAAUAAAUCAUUCGUAUACUGGUAGUAUGACAC